GCACCAGGUAAGCAGGGGACUGGGAGGGAGAAAGCUGGACUCUGCUGACGCCCGGCUUUUCCAGGUGGCGAUCGCUGCGACAGUCGCCGACUAUAUAUAUGGCUUUGAGAGGAGUCUCCGCGCGGCUACUGAGCCACAGGCCCGGCCUGCACUUCCCAUGUGUCCCGCGUACGUGGAGCUCGGCGGCAGCACACACCGAGAAGACACAGAGUCGAUCGGCCAAAUCCUCUCGUCCUGGGUUUGACUGGAGGGACCCACUGGUGCUGGAGGAGCAGCUGACCGCCGAUGAGAAACUCAUCAGGGACACCUUCCGAAACUACUGCCAGGAGAGGCUUAUGCCGCGAAUUCUGCUGGCCAAUCGAAAUGAAGUUUUCCACCGGGACAUCGUGCAUGAGAUGGGGGAGCUGGGCGUGCUGGGACCCACCAUCAAAGGGUAUGGCUGUGCUGGAGUGUCAUCAGUGGCCUAUGGUCUCCUGACCCGAGAGCUGGAGAGGGUGGACAGCGGCUACAGGUCAAUGAUGAGUGUUCAGUCCUCCCUCGUCAUGCACCCCAUCUACACCUAUGGGAGCGAGGAGCAGCGACAGAAGUAUCUGCCCCGGCUGGCCAAGGGUGAACUUCUGGGCUGCUUUGGGCUUACAGAGCCCAACCAUGGGAGUGACCCAGGUAGCAUGGAGACCAGAGCUCGCCACAAUCCAUCAAACCAGAGCUACACUCUCAAUGGGACCAAGACCUGGAUCACCAACUCGCCCGUGGCUGACCUGUUCGUAGUGUGGGCUCGGUGUGAGGAUAACUGUAUACGGGGCUUUCUGCUGGAGAAGGGAAUGCGGGGCCUCUCAGCCCCUAGGAUUGAGGGAAAGUUCUCCUUGCGUGCCUCAUCUACUGGUAUGAUCAUCAUGGACAAUGUGGAGGUGCCCGAGGAGAACGUGCUCCCUAAUGUGUCCAGCCUGGCGGGUCUGACUAGGAGAUUAGGAGGGAGUGGAGCUCACUGCUAACAGAAGACUUUCCUGAGUCAAGUCAAGAAGUCACCACUGCCAACAGUUUCUGAACCGGGAACCCAGAAUGCAGCCUGAAGCCACACAGCUGGGUGCCUCAACCUCCCUCCCAGUUAUCAGGAGCAAGCGGACCAGGGCAACCCGAUGCUAUCCAGAAGCCUGGCUGCAAGGGGAUCUGAGAAACGGCACUCCUAGUUGGGUAGUCAUGUGUUUCGCCAAAACUUUUCCUCCAGCAGAAGGGAAGAGCAGAGGUGAGGGCUAGUUUCUGUAUGCCAACCCAGGAGCUCUUUGCUCUGCUGAUUCUUCCCUAGCAACAUUUCAGCAGGAUCAUGAGUUGCUGUAUUCUUCCAUCUAGGGAGAAAAAAGAAAACUCUACUCAUCCCCUUCCCUUUAACUGUGUCCCUCCUCUUAUCCUGUAUGCUAUGAGAAAGUUGUCUUUAGACACUUCUCUUCUUGGCUGUGAGCCUAGCCUUUAAUGGCUGAGCCAUCUCUCCAGCCCCAGACACUUCCCAGUGAAUGCACAGGGCACAGAGCCUGGAUGAUGAUGCAUCACAUAUACAGCUGAGUGCUGACAGAGGUAGAGAAUGAAGACUGUUUCCAAGUCACAUCAUUUUGAAUGUCACUAGGUGUGUUGGACUGAACAUUGAAUCUCCAAAGAUUUCUGCACAUGUGACUAUGUUAUCUUUCAGGACAAAGAGGGUAUUGCAGUUUAAUUAGGAACCUCAAGAUAUGAAGCUGGACAUUCUGUCUCCUCGAGAACAUCCGGCCGGCUCAGCCUCACAUGCCACAUGUCAGCUUUACUGUCUGCCUUGGCCAAAAGGGGCACUGCUUAAGAAGAGGCAGGGCCUCCCAUGGCUCUUUUGCUAUCAUUCUGGUAAACACAUACCGUUUAACAACAUAACAAUUUAAUUCAGGCCAGAUAGAUGGCCAGUGCGUGAAACACCUUCCACACAUGCUGUGGGAUAUGUAGCAGGAAUCUUAACAGAUCUUAUUAAUAAAAUCAAUCCUGAGGCCAGUUAUUGGAGUGAAUGCUGGAUGGUCAGAGAAGCAGAACAAGCCACAGCUACCUCACCUUGCCAGUUCCUCAGCUGAUCCUGUUUCCUCAGACUGGAAGCCUCUGAGUCCUCAUCCAGAAUGAAUCUCAGCUGAACUGCUGCUCCAAAGCCUAAAACCUUAACCAGCUAAAAGCUUAACCAGCCAAAUGCUUCUAGUUUCUGGUCUCCACACCUUAUAUAUCUUUCUGUUUUUGCCAUCACUCCCUGGGAUUAAAGGCAUGAGUCA